CAAACAAGCUAAAACAACAAACUAAACAUGUCUCCUUCAUGGCCUACUACACUUCUUGCCUCUCUCUUUCUUUUCUCCCAAAUAUUUUCUUGCAUUGCUCAAGUUCCAGCUGAAAACACCUUUAAAUUCGUCAAUGAAGGCGAAUUAGGAGAUUAUGUUGUAGAAUACAGAGCAGAUUAUCGCGUUAUUAGUAUUUCCAAUAAUCCGUUUCAGCUCUGUUUCUACAACACAACUCCUAAUGCAUGGACAUUAGCAUUGCGAAUGGGCACUGUCCGUUCUGAAUCACUCAUGCGUUGGGUGUGGGAAGCAAAUAGGGGAAACCCCGUUAAAGAAAACGCGACAUUCACGUUUGGAACUAACGGAAAUCUCGUAUUGGCGGAUGCUGACGGUCGAAUCGCUUGGCAGACCAACACGGCCAAUAAGGGGGUCACCGGGUUCAAGUUGUUACCUAAUGGUAACAUGGUGCUACAUGACUCCAAGGGUAAAUUCGUCUGGCAGAGUUUCAACUAUCCCACUGAUACAUUACUAGUGGGCCAAACUCUCCGAUUGUCCGGCCCGAAUAAGCUUGUGAGCCGGGCCUCGGUGAAAAAGAAUGCGAACGGGCCUUAUAGCUUGGUGGUGCAGCCAAGAUUGUUCGCUGUCUACAAGGGGAACAAGGUAGACGUGGAAUUAGCUUGGUUCGAUUAUGGGAAUAACACGUUGGAAUCGAUAAAAUUGAAUAGUGGGAAUCAAAGAUUGAAAUUGGAUUAUAGAUUUGCAAAAUCAACACAGAGAAGUUCACAUGUGAUGGCAUUUACUAAAUACAACACAACAUUGACAUAUCUUAGACUUGAAAUUGAUGGAAAUCUAAAGGCCUACACUUUUGUUAGAGAUGAAGAAGCAGAUGAAUUCCGUUGGAAAGUAACUUACAGUAGGAUUUAAAAUGUUUCAUAUUUAAAACGUCUAAAUCUGUGUACACAUUUGAGCAAAUUUCACGGGUUAUAUUAUUAUUGUUGUUAUAUUGUUAUAAAACGUAGCUCUAUAAGAUAAUGAUUAGUGUGUCCAGUACAAUAAGUGGGUCCACAGCUAGUAGUCCAAUAAAUGAGUAGUAGUUCCUAUUUAAUGUUUUGUUAAUUAUAUUUUUCUUUUUCCCCUUUUGAAAAAAAUAUUAUGUUUUGGUUGAAUUAAGAGUGUGUUUAUUAUUUUGAUAUAUAAUGAUUGAAGGUGGUGCCUCAUUAUGUUUUGUUGUUAUAUUUAUGAAAGAAGCUUUUAACAAGUGA